CGCACGGCGGCGGGGAGGGCGGGGCCAGGCGCACGCUUGCCAGCUGUUGGCCGCGAUGGCGGCGGCUGGCGGCGGGCUGGAGGCGGCUACGCUGCAGAAGCUUGCCCUGCGGCGGAAGAAGGUGCUGAGCGCCGAGGAGAUGGAGCUGUACGAGCUGGCACAGGCAGCGGGCGUCGCCAUCGACCCCGACGUGUUCAAGAUCCUGGUGGACCUGCUGAAUCUGAACGUGGCGCCCCUCGCCGUUUUCCAGAUGCUCAAGUCUAUGUGCGCCGGGCAGAAGUUGGCGAGCGAUCCCCAGGACCCUGCAGCUGUGUCUCUGCCCUCGUCCAGCGUACCCGAGACUCGAGAGGCCUCCUUUCUCUCUGCCAGGAACAGUACCCCCCCUGCAAGGUCCUCCUUUUCCUCAGCCCUGCGGCCUGCGGCCUCUCCAGUUCUGCUCCACAGCCCAGCUGCCAUGCUCUCGCCUCUCUCUCCGGGGCCCCCUGCUUCCCUCCGGUUCUCUUGCUGCCUGUUCUCUCCUUUCACAGGGAGGAAUAGAGGCGGCCCUGCUCUCGGUGGAGUACCCACACUGGCGGAACGCAGCAGCCGGGAAGGAUCGAGCCAGAGGAUGCCCCGCCAGCCCAGUGCUACCAGGCUGCCCAAGGGGGGCGGGCCUGGGAAGAGCACCUCUCGCAGCAGCACAUAGCGGGGGCAGAGACUGCUUUGCCCGCUUUCUGGGCACCAUCAUUCUCUCAACAGAGGCUGCAUGCUGUUUCCUUCUGUUAAACCUUUCCAAAAAGUGGAUGGUCGGGAUUAGACAUUCUCUAUCAGUUUUUAGAUGUAUUAAAGUACAAAGACUGCUGGGCACUGAGGCAUGUGCCUAUUAUUCCAGCUGCUCAGGAGGCUAAGGCAGGACUGCGAAUUUGAGGCCAGCCUGGGUAACUGAGCAAGACCUUGUCUCAGAAAAUAAAAAGAGAUAGGGAAGUAGCUGAUAGAGUAUGGAAACUAGCUGAUAGUACGGAACUAGCUGAUAGAGCACUUGCUUAGCACGUGUGAGGCCUUGGGUUCAACUCUACUACUGUAAAAAGAGCAAAGCAUAAAGAUUUAUAAUUUAUAAUGA